CUCGCCUUUUUAGUUUUUUUCCCCAAACACAGUCGUAUAUAUAUAAAUAAUAAUCUCCCUUCUUCCCCUUUCUUUCUUGCAGCAUCCAAAUUCCGAAACCAAAAAACGAAAGCCGAGAGAGAAACUGAAAAAUCGCCGAUUGAAUAAUUCCUUUUGAGAAAAAUCUCCGUUAGUUUCAGCCGGAGGAAGACGAAAGAGGAGAUUUCCGUUGGUCGAUGGGUUUACCUGGUGAGGGAGAUUACAUGGCGACGGGACAUGAGAGAUCGAAGACUCGUCACAAUUUCACCCUCCCGAACUUAAAGUGGGGUGUUCAGCGAAAUCUGAGAUGCAUGAAGGUCGAAUCUGACGGCGGUUCCGCCUCCGGUGACCACCGACUCCGACGCCGACCCACGCCUUCCAAAUUCGACGGUGCGGCUCCGUUCCGCCUCGGCGGUGGUUUCGAGAACAACCGGAGUCGUCGAUUGGAGAAGGAAUCGUGGAGACCGGCGAGUAACGGCGACGGAGAGGGAAUCAAAGAGUUCACGGAGAAGAUCAUGUCGGAUCUCAGAACGAUGACGGAAUCGAUUUUCCGUAAACAAUCUUUAGGCGUCGACGAAGAGGAAGAAGAAGAGACGAACGAGAAGGAGGAAUUAGAGCCGCGGGGGAAGGAGAGAAGUACGGCGAGGGAGGUUUCUCCGCCGGAAGCGCCGGGAGAAACGACGGUGGAGGCGAGGCCGUGGAAUCUAAGAAAGAGAAGAGCCGCCUGCAAAUCUCCGAUCCAUGAAACCGGAACCAGCGAAGCGAAUCAGUACAGCCACAAGGGAUCAGGGGUUAUCGAGGAGAAGCGAGUGAAUCCGUCGAGUUUGGGGAACAAAUCGGCGAAUUCGUCGAGGCCCAAAUUCAUCUCGACGCUGACGAAGAAAGAGGUCGAAGAUGAUUACAUGGCGAUGAUGUGUCAGCGACCACCGCGACGACCCAAGAAACGACCCAGAACCGUUCAGAAACAAGUCGAUUUGUUGCUUCCAGCUCACUAUUUUAGUGAAAUCACCAAAGAUAUCUACAAGGUCCCAGACGGCGCUGAGAACAGAAAGAGAUGAUGAUAAUGGAUGUUUAGUUCCACUUAAAAGUGCCAUAGCCUAAUUUUGCUGACUUGUGGAAUCUCUUGAAGUUGGAGUGUGUGAUCAAAUCAGCAGAAUGUUGAAGCUUAAGAUGUUUAGUAUUGCUCAAUUUUGUCUCUUUCGGUUUUAUAUUUGUUAGUUUGGUUUCUGUACAAAGCAGAAGAGAAAAGCCAAUCAUAAUCAAUAAAAAGGAUUUUAACAUUUCACAAGAUCUUGCCUUUUGUGACUAUCCAAGCUCAUAGAUUUAAGAUUGUGUUUGUGUUUAAUGCCUGUUCUUUUUAGCUUUAUACCAUUCCUCUAUAGACUUCUUAAUGAUUAUUGUCUAUGAUCGAUUCAGUUACUGACAUUUUUGGAUUAAC